AUGCAGAAGCUCAAGUCUUUGGUGGCUCAAUCCUGUUUAUCAGCCCAAACUAUAUGCGAGGGAUUGAGAGCGCUCGGAGGUUUGUACGAGUGCAUCGAGGAGCUUCUCCACUUGCCUAUGAGCAAAUAUUCCAACAUACAAGAAAAAGAAAGUGUGGAAGUGGAGUUGGACGGAUCUGUCAGGCUGCUGGACUUGCUUGGCAUCAUGAGAGACUGCAUGAUGACAACAAAGGACCAGAUCAGAACGCUUGAAAUAGCCCUCAGAAGACAAGGAGUAACAGUUGCAGAGAGCAAGAUGUAUACUCACAUUCGUUUUGACAAGAAGGCAGAGAAGGGUAUCAAGAGUAUCUUCAAAUUACUGAAUCAGAUGGAUGACAAGUAUGUCUCAUGUUGUACCAAUGGCAAGGACUCAUGGAUGGUGACCGAGAUUCUGAGGGAAGCAAGAGCAAUCACCAUUUCCCUUCUCCAGUCCAUCUUCAAAUUCUUGUCCAUGCCGACGCCGCAAGGCAAAGCUAGCAGAUGGUCUCUUAUCUCAAAGGCAUUGCAAAAGAGGAAAGUGGCCUGUGAGGGCGAGCAAGAGGAAAUUGAAGACAAUGAAGGGAAGAUACAGAGGGGACAAAAUCAGUUGCGGACAAUACAAAACAGCAUCGAAGAUAUUGAAACAGGAUUAGAAUGCUUAUUUAGAAGACUAAUAAAAAAUAGAGUCUCUCUUCUUAACAUCCUAAGCCUGUAA